CCGGCUUCUUGAACCCAAAGGUGGGAGUGAUGGCACUUCCCUCCAUAGCAAGAAGGCUACGAACUAAACACCCCCUCUGCCUAUCACUCACUCUACUCCACCACCACCACCACCACCCCAUCUCUAACUCAUCCUAUCCUUCACUUUCUCUCCACCACCAUCUCCCUCGGCCAUUUCAUCCAACACUUAUCGUCCCAUCCCAAACCCCUCGCCAUUUCUCUACUCUCCGACCCUUCUCCGCCGAAAUCCCCCACCACCCAUUGGGCUUCAAUGGCCAGCGUUGCAAAACAGACCACUCCCACAACUUGGGUCUCACCCAGUUUCUUGAAUUGCUCACAAGUACAUCCGAUUUGGCCUCUGAAGCCGACGCCAUGGCUUUUCUCGACGAGUCGGGUGUCGAGGCGAAGCGAGAUAUGGUCUUUCAGGCGAUUUGGGAGCUGAGGGGAGAUUGGAAGUUGGCGUUUUUGGGUUUCAAAUGGGGUGAGAAGUGGGGCUGUUGCGAUGAAGAGGCGUGUAGUUUGAUGGUUUGGGUUUUGGGGAGUCAUAGAAAGUUUACUACUGCUUGGUGUUUGAUACGGGACUUGAAUCAGGCUUUGAUUGAUACGCGCCGUGCAAUGCUUAUAAUGAUUGAUAGAUAUGCAUCUGCAAAUCAUCCAAGUAAGGCCAUUAAGACAUUUCAGAUAAUGGAGAAGUUCAGGUUGAGCCCUGAUCAAGAAGCAUUCCACAUCCUCUUGAAUGCACUUUGUAAAAAUGGAAACAUGGAUGAAGCUGAAGAAUUCAUGCUUGUAAGUAAGAAGUUCUUCCCACUGGAGGUCGAGGGCUUUAACAUUGUUCUUAAUGGGUGGUGUAACAUAUCUGUGGAUGUAUAUCAAGCCAAGAGAGUUUGGAGAGAAAUGUCAAAAUACUGUAUUACACCAGACGCAACUUCUUAUACACACAUGAUUUCCUGCUUCUCAAAGGUUGGGAAUCUUUUCGACUCCCUUAGACUAUAUGAUGAAAUGAAGAAAAGGGAUUGGGUUCCUGGUCUCAAGGUUUACAAUUCUUUAAUUUAUAUACUAACCCGUGAAAAUUGCUUUAAGGAAGCACUCAAAGUACUGGACAAAGUGAAAGAAAUUGGUUUGCAGCCAGAUGCUACCACCUAUAACUCAAUGAUAGGUCCUUUAUGUGAAUCAAAGAAGCUAGAGGAGGCACAACAGAUGCUGAGUUCUAUGAUAAAUGAUAACGUCAGCCCAACCAUAGAGACUUACCAUGCAUUUCUGCAGAGUCCAGGUUCAAAGGCAACUGUUGAGGUUCUUAAUCGAAUGAAGAAAGCUAAUUUAGGUCCUAAUGGCAAUACCUUCCUUAUGAUUCUUGAAAAGUUCUUUAUAUUAGAACAACCUGGGAAGGCAUUGGAGAUUUGGAAUGAAAUGAAGAACUAUGGAGUAGUGCCUGAUUCCACACAUUACACCUCUAUGGUACAGGGGCUGGCAACUUGUGGGUUGUUAACGAAGGCCAAGGAACUUUUGGCUGAGAUGACGUCAAAUGGCUUUCCAGAAGAUCCAAAGCUUAAGAAGCUCUUGAAGAAGCCAAUUGGAGGUAGUGUUAAAGGGAAACGGAGAGUUAGACAAGUCAACCAAGCAAAAAGGAUUAAUCUAAAGCAAGACAGGGUUGUGAGAUCGAGAAGUCCACGUCAGUCAAGAAAGAAGAAGACAUCAAGUGAAUAGUGUUGUCUUAAAUUUUGACUGCAUAUGCAAAAGCUGCGAAAGAUUCCCUCUUGCUGCUUGCGGUGAAAUAUUUGCAAUUUUUUUUGGUGAGACAUGGAUUAUAGUUGUUGGAGAAGUCACUGCCACAUCCACUCCUGAAAAUAUUACAGCUGAUGCUAUCUGAGUUUCAUGACAGCUGAUCAAAACCAAUGUGGUUUGGCUUUUCAAAGAAAGGAACUCAGCCUCCUGAACAAUGUAAAACACUAUUGAGGAGCAUUUGAUUCAGUGUCCUGGUAGUUGCAGACCAAUGUGUUUCUCUAUGUUCGUGGUACAUAUAAUAAGAAUCCCUGUGGUUCAUAUUGCACUUCUGGAAAGUGUCCUGGUAGUUGCAGACCAAUGUGUUUCUCUAUGUUCGUGAAACAUCAUAUUGACUCAAGCAAAUACAAAUAGGACAAUGCUGAAUGCAUAUGAUGUCAAUUUAUGAGGAGAUUACGAAUGCCAAGUCGCGAAAGACAGCAAUAUUGGAAGGAGUAUUUCAUUUAAUACUAGGCAACUGCAGCGUGCCAUGAGCACUGGCUAACAGGCGGUUGAGCUCCUUGAAAUGGUUUGAUCGGUUCACAGAUGAAAUAUGAUAGACUUGUAAGUUAAUUCCUUAACAGGACCCUAACAUAAUGUUUGAACCAGUUGCCCACAUUAGAAAUUCCUGGCUUGACAAAGUUACCCGGCAAAACAAGCUAUGUGUACCUGUGUGCCUUAUUUCAUUAUUUGCUACUUGUGUAUAUUGUAGAAUGAAACAAUGAGUAUGGUUCCUUUAAAUCAAAUUAUCUCUUUUUGGUCAUA